AUGAGCGCACCAGGGGAAGAGCCACACGAAAUUACUUCUGCUUCUAUUGCCGCCGCCGAUGACGUCCUCAUGGAACUGCACGGCGAGUCCAGCGGUGCGCAGGACGCCUCAGCCGCGACGGGAAUGGUGGAAAUCAUAAAGGAGCUUUACGACCUGCGGCAGAACGGUGCCCUCUCUGAGGAAGAGUUCCGCGCUAGCAAGCACCGCGUGCUGUACAUGUACGGCGCAGCGUCCCAAUCGUCUAGUGCGCGAAGCUCGUGCGUCUCGGGGGAACGUCCGCGCCAUCGCGGAAAACACAGCCGCGGCAGCCGUGACUCGCGGGACAGCCGCCGCACCGCAAGC